AGGGCAAGGACCCUUCGCGGCUCCCAUCGCCGUUGUCAAGGCGUCUAACUCGGUGCCUUAAAAGAAAACAAACAAAACAACCUUUCUAAAAUGGGGCGCGUGGGAGAGAAGCGGGCGGAUAGCGGGGAUGAAAGCAGGGAGCGCCUGGCGCAAGUUCUGGGCGGAAGCGGCCUCUGCCCUGUCAGGCGCUGAGAGGGACGCCUGCCAGAGGCGCGCGGUUCCCAUGGCAACAGACGCCGACGGGCAGCGCGCGGAGAGAGGUAAAGGGGGCGCCGCUUCUCCUCCGCUUCUCCCCCCGAGAUGCUCCGGGCGGGGCGGGGGGGGGCGAGGGAAGGGAGAAGGGGAGCUGCCCGGGAGGCCAUUCACACGUGCGCCCUUCCCUCUCAGGACAGCGGGGUCGCCAUGCAGCGGGCGGACUGAGCCUCCGGCAGCCCCGAGGCCACGAACCUUCUGCGGAGGUGAGAGCGGAGAAGGGGGAUCAGGACCGGAUCCAGAGCCCCUCGGAAGGCAGCAGGCCAGGGGGGCCAGACUCCCGACUCCGCUCAGCCCUGGCCAGGGAGGAGGGGAGAGGCAGCCCCCAAAACCUCCCCAUCCCGGGCUGGGGAAACGGGGCUCGGGGGGUUCUACUCGGGUGUAUUCUCAAAGCAAAACACAGAGCACUAAAAAAGAAACAAAACAGUCCGACCAAAUGUCCUCACACUAUUCCCUAUUCUUCAGUGCUCCCUCGUCUUGCCGUUUUCCCAAAUCUACUGACCAUUUCAAAACAGAUACAUGAUCUUAGACGUAUUCAUGCCUCUCUCUACUCAGUUUUACAGGGAGAAGGUGGUCUGAAACGGAGUGUAUCUUGAUGGCAAGUGACUCUCUACUGCAGGAGUCCAACUUCUUCCUUGUAAAUGGGUUAACGGCCACAGAUGGAGCAGCUUGCAGCGCAAGCAGAAAUGUAGGAACACAGUGUGUGCCUCCUGGAGUUGAUAUCCUUUCCCCAGGCUAGCAUACCUUCUUAAACCGAAUCUGAAAUUGAAUCACAUCCAUUGCGGUCAUACAGUCCAACCAUGUGGGUUAUAUAUCCCUUCCAGAUAUAUGCAGCAGCCAACAAUCUGAGUCAGUGAGCAAGCCAGCCAAAAUCAACAUUUCAGCAUGUCUGCAAACAAAGGACUCGCUCCUGUGCCGCCAUCUACUUCAAAGCAAGAAAACAAAAAACUGAGAGAUGCAUCUUCCUUAGUAUCUGUCAGCAAGGAUAGUAAUGGUAAAUCUUGCAGCAGGUUGUUCAGUAACGAAUAGCUGCAGCCAGGGUUGAGUUUUGUUGACUGCCUCUGUCUGCAGUGUUUGGAUUCCUGAAAGUACUGUGAUAUAUUUGUAGGGGUAGGACCGUUUCUAUUUGGUUCAGUUCAAGCACAUUUUAGGCCUAACAAGGUACGUGGUUGUUGCCAUCCGAGUGCAUGGGGAGAACAGGUCCUUCAGGAGUGUAUUGGAGACAAGGAAGUAGGACAUGUGGGCAUCAGGUUAAGAAGAAGUGGUUGGACCUGAAUCCCUUGUGUCUGCUGUUUGUUACUGCCUAUAGCAGGAAUAUCAAUUCUUCCACCUCUUCUAUAAGUAUCCUUUAAUAUGCCUCUUUACAUAUGGUUGCUUAUCAUUUAAAGAAGUGGCUUUCCAAUAAUUAAGAUAACUGGAGGAGAAAAUGUCUAACUCAGGCUAUCUUCCCUUGGUUUUGUAUGUAGUCCUAAACCUUGGUGAGUCCAUCAUCACUAUAAAAUCCUGUCCUGCAGCCCUGCUGCAGACUUAAAAAUCAAAUUAUAAUAGUUUAGCGUUGGUAAAGGAGGCAUUAAGCAACUUUGAACUUUUAGUGGGGGCAUAAUUAAUGAAAUGCCAAGUUGGUGUUGAAGACAGGAAUGUUCAGCGCUACUUAUGUUUAACGCUUUUUAAAAUAAUUUUUUAAAAAACCUAUUCUUCAUUAGUGGCAGGGUGCUCAUUUGUUAAAAAAUUUAAAAACACUUAGAAUGAAACACAUGGUCACAAAAUGUUGCCGGCAUCGGGGAGGCCAAUCUGUUGCUAACUGUUAGUGUGGGUAAAGGUGCUAUGUAAUAAGUGACCUUUAGAGUCUGGUAACCAUGUUCCACACAUCACUAUUUCUUUAUAACAAAAAUUAUAUACCACGCUGUCAUCUAAAAAUAUUGAAGCAGUUUACAGAAAUAAAACAAAACUGCAGUUGGAUGCAAUGCUUGAGGUGGAGUCAGAAAAACAAUGGGUGCUGAGGAAAAACAGAGUUUCUAGAAUAAAAUUUCUUCCUUGAGAAAAACCGCACAAAUUUUGCAGAUUAAAAACUGAUAUAAUUUGGGGAAGGGCUGUAGCUAGGUAGAGCAUCUGCCUUGCAUGCAGAAGAACCCAGGCUCACUCCCUGGCAUCUCCCUGGCAAUGCCACCUGCCUGAAAUCCUGGAGAGCUGCUGCCAGUCUGAGAAAACAGUAUCAGCUAGAUGGGCCACUGGAUCUGACUUAGUAUAAGGCACCUUCCUAUGUCCCUAUGAUAGGCUUGAAAAGCUCUCCGUCUCCACUGGUCCCAUAUCAAAUUAUUUUUCUGUAAAUCUUGAGUGAAUUUUCUCUCCCCCUGUUUCAUUUGCUAGUCUGGGAUUUUAUAAGGGUCUGCCUUACUCGCACCUUAGCAUUUCUCGGUAGGAAUGAGCAAGAAGGCAAAAAAUAUUGAGAAGAGUGAUGUACUUUCAGGCUGUGUUUGCGUGUGAUGGUUUAACUAAAACCAUGAUUGCAUGUGAACUAGGAGCCAGUGGUUACUAGCUGAACAAGCCAACCUUGUGUGAAUUAAUAUCUGUGCUAUGGAUUUGCUGUUAUUGGUCUGUCUCUGCAUGUAGAUCCAUCGUUUCACAAAGACUUGGAUGGGUUGUAAGUUAUAGGCACACACAGAGAAGACUGGUCAACAAGGAGAGUGGAGAGUGGAAACCAAGAGGGCAGCGGGCAGCCCUGGCAUUUGCUCCACCAUUCCCUGCCAGAUUAUCAGGCAGCGUUGGGAAGGGUGCCUUUCUUCUUAUCGAAAAAGCACAGACAGUUUGGCAGCAGGUGUGCUGCUGAGGCUGCGUGCUUGGCUGGGGCCAGUUUGGGUGAUGCUUGGCUGAACAGAGAAUCUACUGCACAACAUUUUGAAAUGGGGAAAAUCAACAAAAAGGAAUCCUUUCCUCAGAGCAUCUGGCAACUUGUGGUGGUGUUGGGAGGGUGCAGAAUGAUGACAGUGGCAAAGAAGAGGGGACAGUUGUGCACUGGCAAUGGAGGGUCUAUGGUAGCAUGGGCAGCACUUUGCCCGGGUCCUCUCAGUCCUGCCACAUGGCUCUUUUCAGUGCAUAGAUGUUGCAGUUUGAUCAAAGAACAGAAAUUAAACGCAUAUCACAAUGUAUCUCUCAUGUGAGUCUUUGAGUGCUCCAAGCACCUUUUAAAAAUUCUGAGUAUCGUGUACCUGUAAAGCAGAGCUUUCCAAACUAGUCAUGUUGGUGACACAUUUUUUAGACGUGCACCAUUUCAUGACACAGUAAUUCAGUUUUACUAGCAAACCAGAGGUUAAAUUGACCCCUUUCCAGCCCCGGGAGGAGCGCGGGGACUGUUCACAUGACACACUUCAACUGACACACUAACGUGUUGCGACACACAGUUUGGGAAGCUCUGCGGUAAAGUAAGAACUCUGCGAAUGUAACAUGGGCGUAGGCAGGAUUUAUUUUAGGGUGGCAGUCUUUAUGUGGGGGGCAGGUAGAACUGAGUUAUCUGUGAUGCCAUUGAUCAGUUAGUUAAGUAUAUUUAUUUAUUUACUUGAUUGAGGGUGCAAUUGCACUCCCAUGCACCCCCUGGCUACGCCCAUGGUAUGUAAGUGGAUAUUUUCUCUGUUGCUGCUGCUUCUUUCCUCCUUUAGCAAUGCUCCUACUAAACAGUUAUAGCAGGGGCUUCUGUAAUUUUACUCAAAGGCCAGUUUAUAUUAGGCAUAAAUAUGGAUUUUUAAUGUUAUUCUUGAGCACUAACAUGAAAUGUGUGUGAUAGAAUUGUCAGCUUUAAGGGUUUUUUUUGGGGGGGGGGGUAGAGAUAAUCUGCUGCCACCACCAAAUAUUAACAGUUACUCUUGCUGUUUCUUUCUUUUUUCUAGAACUCCCUCAGUUAAGAGACAAGUCAGCUGCAUUAGACAGUUCAAAGCCUCUUCCCACAUCUUUACAGCGUGAUUUCAUCCCGGAAGAGAUCUUCGUUGCACUGACCUCUGCUGCCAACCCAAUCCCCUGUCCCAGUGUUUUAAGACCCCCCAAGAAAACAAAAAGUAUAAAAGACUUUCAGGUGCAUAAGUUCAUUUCCAGUCUAUGAAUAUUUGCUUUUUAAAUACAAAAUUUGCCACAAAACCCACUUGCUAUAGAUGUCUGCUGGUGACUGCGAAUUAUGCCAGGUGCACAUAGACACCAGUAUUUUAGGACAACACUUUGCAAGAGGGAGCGUUAUUGGGAACAUGGCAGCAUGAGAAAUGUUAAGAACCUGAAGUUCACUGAAUGGGGGGGGGGGGGGGAGGCAAGAGACUAGUUGGGCCAAAGAACUGGCACUGUCAGGCAACUUAGAGUUUUAUUAAGGAGGUUUUAGUACUUCAGCUUUUGUUGCUUAUCAGACAUAUCACAAACUACUUUCAGCAACAGAAACUUUUGAGAUUGGUUCAGUAAGAAACAAAUAAACAUGCUUUGGGCAUGUUGUAUAAAUAAAGAGAUAAAGGUAAAGGGACCCCUGACCAUUAGGUCCAGUCGUGACCGACUCUGGGGUUGCGCGCUCAUCUCGCUCUAUAGGCCGAGGGAGCCGGCAUUUGUCCUCAGUAUCCGGGUCAUGUGGCCAGCAUGACUAAGCCGCUUCUGGUGAACCAGAGCAGCGCAUGGAAACGCCGUUUACCUUCCCACUGGAGCGGUACCUACUUAUCUACUUGCACUUGGACGUGCUUUCGAACUGCUAGGUUGGCAGGAGCAGGGACCGAGCAACAGGAGCUCACCCCGUCACGGGGAUUUGAACCGCCGACCUUCUGAUCGGCAAGUCCUAGGCUCUGUGGUUUAACCCACAGCGCCACCCGCGUCCCUAUAAAUAAAGAACCCAUCCCUUUAUCGCAUCUGUCUUUUGCAUGUUCUCCUUCCUGUUUUUGAUGUAUAUUUCACAUGCAUCUCUCGCCAGCUCAUAAAAAGACUUCAGCUAAGACUUAGAAGAAACAGCUGACAGGGUCUCACUGCUAUGUGCAUUUGUGUGUAAUGCGUCAUUAGGCGUAUCAGUAUUGGAGAUGUAGUCUGUGCUUACCACCUGAUCCCGAAGAACCUCUUGAACUAGUCUUUUCUGUUGACUCUUCAGGGGUGCAUUCGUACUACUGAUGGGGUCUGGCAACAUCCUGUACGCAGAAACAAGUUUCGAUAUCUGAUAGAGCAUCCGAUUUGCCUCACAGGAGCUGGAAGGUAAUAGAAUGGAAUUAAUAGGGCCCUGGCACGUCACAUGCCUCUCUGCAAUAACCAGUAGCAGUGCUAGGAUUUGGGAGCCACAGUGCAAGGGUGAUGGAGAGUGCUAGGGAAAUGCCCAUUAAGUAUGUUACACAAGAGUGGCUAACCAGAGGUGAUGGUGUGCUUGGAGAUGAGCAGGAAUGCCCAUGAACCAAGCCAUGACCUUAGAGCAGCUUUUGCUAACUUGUCACCCUCCUGAUGUUGUUGGAUGCAACCCCUGCCAGACCCAGCCAGUUCUGCUGGUGAUCAGGGAUGAUGGGAGUUGUACUCCAGAAGGUAGGAGGGCACCCGGCUGGGGAAGACUGGCCUAGAGUCUGCACUGCUGCCUGUUUCCUCAUGCUGCUGCCUGCACCCACAGAGCCAAACCAUUCCAGUCCACGGGAGGCUGCAUAUGUUGCUCAGCAUUCAGCAAUCUGGCUCUGUUUCACACUUGGGUUUAACUUGUGGCGCACUUGGCAAAGCGGUGGCCACCACUGUUUGAAAACCAGCCCUUUCAAGACCCUCCUUGUCAACACAUUGCUCCAUUUUAACUCAGGGAUAGGGGGAACCAUGAAGGAGUUUGCCUUCCGCUGAGAGUAAUCCGCUAGAGGGUAGAUGUUGGUGGUUGGUAGACCAAAAGUGGCUGGGAGCAGAGGCAAGAAGCAGGCAGGUCUUCUCUCUUUCCUUUUCUGUCAUCCCCUUUCUCUUUCUCCACCUCUUCCCAUCAAGCAAUCUGUUGCUCUUGGAAAAGAUCUGAACUGAUUGGUUGCAGUGCACUUCCCCCCUCUCUUCCAUUGCACUGUCCGUUUUGAGACCACCACCACCAUGAUUUCCCUCCUCCUUGCCAGAGUUCUCAACUGAUCACUUGCAGAGUCUGCUUCCCCCCUCCCACUUCCAUCACUUCAUCUGGCUCUCUGCCCCAUUCAUGUCUCUGAAUACCAGUCACCGGGGAACAAUAACAUGAGAGGGCUGCUGUACUCAUAACUUGCAUGUGGUCUUUCCAUAAGCAUCUGAUUGGCACACCUUUUGGGGUUCAUUUCAGGCAGCAAAAUGUUUUGGGCCAGCAUUGGUAAUAGCCAGGGGUUAUUGGAUAACAAGUAAGGUCCUUCCGGGUCAUGUGGCCAGCAUGACUAAGCCGCUUCUGGCAAACCAGAGCAGCGCACGGAAACGCCAUUUACCUUCCGCCGGAGCGGUACCUAUUUAUCUACUUGCACCUUGACGUGCUUUCAAACUACUAGGUUGACAGGAGCUGGGACUGAGCAACAGGAGCUCACCAUGUUGCGGGGAUUUGAACUGCCGACCUUCUGAUCGGCAAGCCCUAGGCUCUGUGGUUUAGACCGCAGUGCCACCCGCGUUCUAUUCUAUUCUGCCUUGGUCAGAUCCCACCUGGAGUACUGUGUCUACAACUUAAGAAGGCUAUUGACAAGCUGGAAUGUGUGCAGAUGAGAGCAACUGAGAUAAUUAAGGGUCUGGAAGCCAAGCUUUAUGAGGAACAAUUGAGGGAGUUGGGUAUGUUUAGCCUGGAGGAAAGGAGACUGAGAGGAGAUAUGAUAGCCAUCUUCAAAUAUCUAAAGGGCUGUCACAUGGGUAGCACCUGAACCAAUGGCUUCAAGAUACAAGAAUGGAGAUUCUGACUACAUCAGAAAGAACUCAUGCACUCUUCCAACUCUACAAUUCUAUGAUUCUGUGUUAUAUGAAGGUGGCUAACCGUAAUCAGGGUACUCAGGGAAAAUGGGAAGAUUGUAGCUGCAGCAAGGGUUUUGAGGCAGAACACUCUGGCAGAAAGUGGUAGACACACUAUUGGGUUGAAAUGGCAAAGGAUUUGCCUUUGGAUCAGAUACUUAGUGAAUUCUUGAUAACCAGAAGAGAGGUGGCGGCUGCACAGUGGACCAGUUUCGCCUUCAUAACUGAGUGAUAGUUUUCUUUGUGUUUUUAAGGGAUGUCUCUUUUCUGUAUGACCUCGCUGCUGAGAAAGAGGCAAAGAAUCCUCCCCCAACUCCUGUCUCUCACAAAACUUCAACAAAUUUGCAGCAGCAGGAACCCACUGCAACUAAACUUGUGAGUUGAAUCUGACUCUGUAUCGAGAAACUGUGAUAACUUUAAACACAGGAAUCAGCUUUUACAAAUUAUUUCAGAAUGCUGAGAGACAAGAUGGACUUUGAGCUGAGCAUUGACUAGAGUGUUCUGAAUUUUUUUUCCCCACCCAGCAUAAUAUUUUAAAUCUGGAAUGAGCAGUGGGAAUUGAAAAUGAGGACUUUACCAUUUUUGUGUACCAUGGUUUUCUAAGCUUGCUAAAUUCACUCCCCAAAGCCACAAGGAGUCUGAGAUGGCAUUUGCCUAUUUAUUUUGCUUGGCUGAAAAAAAAAAUCUGUUAGAAAACAUUUACCCACUGAUUUCUAGGCUGUACAUAAGAGUUCUGUGCAGUUGUAGCACUUAAUCACAGUUUUUCUUAAAGAUGGUUAAGCACUUAAUCUGAAUAAUUGCCCCAGCCAGAAGGCAGGCAUGCAGAUAGGCAGGCAGGCAAAUAAACAAGCAGGCAGUUGUAAAACAAGCCGAGGCCUCCAGCGAGGGAAAGCAAGUCUAUAUAUUUAUUUCGUGGCGAUCCACAUAAACACGGUCGUGUGUGAGUGGGAUGCACAUUAAGUGGAGGUGUGUGUGCCUGUAUAAAAACCCAACUCUAAAUAUCCUCUUGGGAGUAUGUGGAUUCCCUAUGUCUCAUAGUAGCAUAUUUUAAGACCUUCUCUGUCUGUUCUGUCUUUAGCCAGCAGGUAUAGCAGACAGUCUUGUUCCGGAGGAAUUUCAUAUUCUAAAGAACAAAGGUGUCCUGCGCUUGGAGUAUUAUGAUGAGUGAGUGUUCCUGCACUUCUUUUAAUUGCUCCUGCGUUGCAUCCAGGAGUGACUCACUUGGCUAAUAAUAGCCUCCCAGCAGUGGACCUGCUACUGCUUACUCGGAGGGAACAGGUGAGGCAGUGGUGCCUGUGUACCAGCUGAAGCUCCAGGUCGGUUCCACCGCCUUGCCUUGCCCCUCCAUGUCCUGGUGAGCAGCAGUGACUCAGCUGCCAGGAGGCCAGUGCUGCAACUCUACUCCACCUGUCGAGCUGCUCCUGGCUGCACCUACUAAAUGGGAUGAAGUGGCAAGGCCAAAAGCACCUGCAUCUGGGCAGGAAACCUGUAAAAAGUCUAUUUUACCGUUUUGCCGAGUUCAACACUUUCCAUAUUUCAACUAAGGGAUGCUCAACUUGCAUAUAUUCUCAGACAGAGACCCAGGGACUGAAAAUGCCACCCAAACUGACUCCCUCAUGGAUGGCCAGACAGUAUAAUGAAGUUGGUCUCAGAAUUAGAUUUUUUAAAUAAAAAAAUCUCAAACGUAGAUGUGAACGAGGGAAACUGCAAGCAGAUUUGUUUACUAUGGAUCGAUUAACAGAGCCCAGAGGCCAGAAAUCUGAAUUAGGACUUGAAAGUGUGAAUCAGGGUUGCACUCUGCCCAUUGGGCAUCUCUGAUCUGGCACUUUUCUCCCAGCCUGAUUAACUUCUUGUACUGGAGUUAAGACUGGAAGGAAAAUAAAUUUGAAUGACACAAGGUGGGAAAAGAACAAAGACAAACAUGGAUCCAUAAUCUCAUCUAGCCUAGCCCUUCAUUUAGGCCCCAUUUCUGCAUGAGAAAUAUAUAGCAGAUUACCAUUCCCCAGCCCCACUCUUUUCCUUACUCAGGUUCAUUGUAGUUGUUUUAUGUCACCGUGAGUCUCAUUGUAACAGAGAACUUCUUCAAUUAAUUCACUUGCCUGCAACAGAGUGGCCCGUCUCUUAGUCUACUGUAUUUUUAAAUUUACACAAUAAAAAUAAAAUAAAUGGUUGAAUCCUAGAGUCCAAAGAGAUUUUUCAACUACAGUAGUCUAUUGCUGUUAACAUCAUCAUUAUUAAUCUGUUGCAGUAAAUAUACAACCCUACUUGAAGACGAUGAAAACAGACUGCGGGUUUUCCCAUCCAUGUGAGUGACACUCUAAAUCAAGAUGCUUUUGUAGCGCAUGCUAUAGAAGGUGUUCUAAAUCAGAGGCAUGUCCCUUUGCUGCUGCCUUGUUAGGAAGCCGUCUGGGAGGCUGGAGGUCCUGCAGCUGAUGAAGGUGAUGGACACCAUGCUGGAAAGGGCUGGAACAAAUAAUAAGGAUGUUGGCGUAACAGGGGUUUCACAGGUAAAUAAUUCCUGCCAAUCCUGAUUCAAUCGCAUCCUCCUUGAUAUUGCCCACUUCUAGUUAUACUGUACAUCAUUGCUGGUGAACCUCUAGUUUAUGGGCCUCGUUAGGCCUGCCAGACCUCAGAGGCUGUCCCCCAGCCAUUUGAGGCAAGCGGUGCCCACCUCCCCUAGACCUGACGUCAUAUAUGAGAGUUCAAGCUGCAGCUCUGGCUAAAGGAAGGGGAAUUGGCAGUGCAUUCUUAAGUAUGCUACCGAUUCUUCCUUUGCAUCAACGUCAUCAUCGCUUUUCGAACUUGGUGUCGGCUUCACCUUUGAGCCAGUGCCAAUGACUGGGCUCAACCUCUUCAGCCCUGACUGGGCCAGGCAAGCUGGGAAAGCACUUCCAGAGACCUUCCACUCCAGGGAAACAGGUCUAAGUGCAAUGGACUCACAACUUUGAGCUGUGAGCACCAAACUCGGUGCCAAAGUCAGCGGAGCACAGCAGAGUAUGAACUACAUGAACGACGGCUCUGAAGCAUAACUUCUUUAUUCUUUUAUUCUUUUACAGCUACUGCAAACUAAAAUAAACUAGAAACUAAAGAUUAAUGGAGACUGCUGGACUGCAUGAGUGUUACAGUUGCUUAAGCAGUCAUCUUAUCUCUACACAGAUAACACUCAGACUGGAGCGGAAGAAGCCAUGAGCAGUUUCUGCCCCCUCCUUUCUGAAAACAUUGUCAGGAGAUUCUUGCAAUGGGAGGGGUGAAAUAUCCACACUUGGCACUCUUUUUCAUUGCCUUGCCAUGACAACGGGAAAAGGUGCCACAUUCAAAAAGAACUGACUUUUUGAUGCAAAGAAAGAAGCAGGAGUUCACUCUCAGGACACUCCCAAUUCUUCCUUUGCAUCCCUGGCUUAGAUUUAAGUUGCACCUGCAAGGGAGCAUUUUUCCUCUGCAGCCAUGGCUUAAAUUAAAGCCAGGCUACGAAGGAAGAAUCUGGAUUCUUCACUAGCCUUGUCCUGGAUUCAUAUACUAUGACACAAUAUUGCUGUGGAGUUUGGACAUAGUUCUUUCCUGACUUACCAGGUGCUUUGUUGCCAUUAAGAGGCUUCUUGUUGUGUUGUCAAACUGAAAGAAUAAGUGGAAGUAAUCUUAGAUUAUCUGAUGGAGAGAAAUAAUAUACUGGAGUACAACAUGCAAUCUAGUAUUUAGGGCAAAGGCAGACAUAGCAUUUUAAGAAUGGCAGGGGAAGUUUGUUAGCACUUUCACUGCUUUGUAAAUUCUUUAAUAAUACAGUAUUUAAGAUAAGGGACAAACAUAUAUGCAAGCAAACACAUUUGUGAUUUAAAAAUAUUAUCCACCUGAUAAAUGAAGAACAUGACUGAAGCAUUUAACUGACUGGCAUUCAUUUGUUAAUUUAAAUAAUGUAUAUGCCUCCUUUCAAUAAAAAUACUUUCAAGGGUGCCUAGAAAUAAAAGCAAUAAAAACCCCCAAUGAUGACAAUAAAGGCAGUAUCAAGGAGCUUGUGCUUAGCUCUACAAAAAUCACGACUUCUUUCUUGCCUCUUUCCCGAGAUGCACAAUGUCCUGGAGGUGCUUAAGGUGGAACAGAACAUCUACAACAUAGUGUUUCAUGAAAUCAUCCGGCAAGUCAGUGUGGACUGCGCAGAACGGGGAGAGCUCCUUUCCAAGCUCAGGUCAGCGAUCUAAGGAGCUCAACACCUUAAAAUUGGUCCUGCAAGAAGAGGAGUAUGUGAUUGUUCUGGCCUGCACUGCAGGUUUGAGUGUCUGUGCAAUUAUAUGCAAGUGCAGAGAAAAAACAGCUUGUGGUACUGCACUAGACACAGAAGUCAGCUUUCUGGGAAUGUUGCCUUUGAUUUGUUUUUUUUAAAAACUACUUGCUAGUCCAUGUGAUGUCACAUCCCACCAGUGGCGUAGCGUGGGGGGUGCAGGGGGGGCCGGCCGCACCGGGCGCAACAUCUGGGGGGGGGCGCGCUCGCACUCGCAGCUCUCUGCCCCUACCUGGCUCACUCACUCUCUCUCACUGCAGUGCUGGCUGUGCGAAUCCGAUCCGAGCCGCUGGGUCGCCGCCCACUGUGGAGGGGGUGGGUGCCAGGCGUGCGGUGCGGAGAGAGAGCGAGGGACUAUCUGGGGGAGGGACAGUGCAGCGGCCGCCCAGCGCAGCGCUGAGCGUGGGAGAGAACCACACCAGACCAGCCCAGGCAGCAGCAAGAAGAAGCUGGCAGCGGCGGCAGAUUAGGGGUUAGGGGGCGCAAAUUACUUGCCUUGCCCCGGGUGCUGACAACCCACGCUACGCCGCUGCAUCCCACAUUCUUUAUUUCCUCUUUCAAGAUGUGCUUGAAAGUGUGCGGGAAAUGCCUGGUGAAAUGUGAGAGAGCAGAGGUGUCUGAAUAUGAUUCCAGGGGUCAGGAGGCAGGACAUCGUUGCCCUGCGUGCCAUCUCCAUGGAUAGCAGAAGAAGAAUUAUGAAGCUGCAGCAUUUUGCAGCACUGCAAAGUCAGCUAUCUUUGUCAUCUUUCUUUGACACCUUUUAAAUAUAAAAGCCUUCCACCUUGUGCAGAGAGGUUUGACUCAAGUUGUCGCUCAUGCACCUCAAUAAAUGCAUUAAUAAUCUAUUAAUUUACCAAAGAGCAAGCAAGCCCAAACAUUAGCAAAGUAUGAAACGAAACCCUAACACAUAUCUCAGGGAUUAUUACAUUUUAAUAAUGCUGCAUGAGGAUUCCAAUCCACACGAUGACAAAGAUAGCUGACUUCUGCGCUAGGGCCCUUUUGCAGCGCCGAAGCAUGCAGUCAGCUGGAAAUGGAAUUUAAAUGUUGGUUUUGCAUGGGUUCAACUAGCGCUAGUUUCCCCAUAAGGACAUAUGGAGGGCAUUAUGUUGGCUACCCCUCUCAUACACCAAUAUAUUUCCUGAGGUUAUAAUAUUGAUGGGUGUCAGGACAGAUAAGGCAGUUUUGCUGUGUAGUGUCAACUUGUUUUCAGCAUUCUGAGCGUAUUGAGAGUUCUAACUGCUUGUGUGCAAAAAGCUUUAUUCUAUAUUUAUUGUUCCCCAGCUAUUUUCAGAAAGGAUUCUCUCUUUAAAUGAUUGCUUAGCAAAUAUGCUUGAGUGAAACAGGGCUAUUCCACCACCACCACCCGCCUCACUUUUUCUGACAUCGUCUCUCUUACAGACAAAGGUAUGUUGAGCUGCUAGAACGAAUUCCAAGACAGAUGAGAAAUCUCUACAGAGAAAUGAUGGCACAGAGAGUAAUGGACAAACACAUUACAGAUGAAUUAUUCCAUUUCAAGGAAGCUAUAGGAAAACUGACAAGGUGUUGAUAUUGACUGGUGUUUGUAUUCAACUUUGCAAAUAAAAGUUGUGAUUGUACAAGGCAGCUGAGGGUAUUGCUCUGUUCAAUGCAGGGAGCUAAAUACCAUCCGAGAACAUGACCGUAGAGUCACUGUUGAAGCAGAGAAAGCCUAUGAGGAGCUGGCAAAGGCGGUCCAGGAUUCCGAGAUGAAUGCAAAGUGAGUUCCAGAUAAGAUUGGAAGCAAGGGUUGCCGUAGGAGAAUAGUAGAAGGCCUUUAUAUUUAUAUCUCGUGUCAUUACCCUUUCAGCCUUUUGGAUGAAUAUCGUGAACUGUAUGAAUUGCAGAGAAGAAGACUUGAGGCCCAGAUCCACCAGUUAACCCAAGAAAAAGAGCUGUGGAGCAAUGCUACUUAUGAGUUGGCUCUCAAGGUAGCUGGCUAAAGAGGCAUUGCGUGCUUUUGCUUCUGCUAAAAAUGCUAUUCUCUCCCUGUUAUGUCCGGUGCUUCUGCUAGAAGAUCCUUUAGAUCAGAGGUCGGCAACCUUAAUCGGAGGAUGGGCUGGUGGACGCUCCGUCCGUCGGAGGCUGGGCCAGAGCAUGUGUGCACACGCGCUCUUCUGGGACGGAGGAGCGCCCGUGUGUGUGUGCACACGCUAUUUCCAGUGCUCCUCCAACCCGAAGUGCGCCAGAAAUAGUGUGUGUGUGCAUGCGCACAGGCGUUUCUCCGUCCCGCACGCGUGCGCACACGCUAUUUCCGGCGCACAUCUGGGUCAGAGGAGCGCCCGUGCACAUGCGCACAGGCGCCAUCAACCCAGAAGUCGGUCUAGUAAGAGCAGGUGGCAGGGGCAGCAGGGGGCGCCAUGGGGCGGUUAGGCAAGCCUCGUGGGCCACUACCGGCCCAUGGGCCUUAGGUUGCCGACCCCUGCUUUGGAUUGUUUUGGCUGCUUCUGUUGCUUUGUCACUUAUUAAACUAAAAGUAUCUCCUUUAAAACAAAUUAUUUCCAUUUUACAGAGGGCAACAAAGAAUAGGCACAUUGCAUUUCAUUCUCUGCUAGCUGUAUAGUUUAAAAUAUAUCUCUACAGUGGCAAGUAAGUCAGGGAUCGCCAACACGGUGCUGCGGGCACCACUGUGCCCACUGCCUCCUAUGGAGCCUGCAAAAGGUCUAAGUAAAUAUAUUUUCAAAAAUGCACAAGAGUCAGUUUGCUCUUUCAUCUCAGUUCCUGCUUGAACUGAUUCAGCCUCUUCUACAACAGACAACUCCCCAAACGUGCCCUCUUUUCAUUGGAGGCCAGGAUUGGACACCCACCAUCCCAUUUUGAACAGAGGGGUGAAAGGCAUGAAGAACAUUAAUUUCUGUGACAUCAGUUUCUGUCACGCAAUUAAAAAGUCUGGUUGAGCAAUCUUGUGGGCCUUCCAGCCAAUGACCCACUUAUGCUGGCAUAAGUUAGUUGCCAUCCUAUGUACUCCCAGUACAAAAAAUGAGGAGAAAAGACAAGCAUUACAAAACACAAAGCAGCCACUCACCCAGUGACCUUCGCAACAGUGGCAGUGUUAUGACUGAAUACCAUUUCUUUGGUUUGAAUUGUGUGACUUUGGAGUAGGGGCCAAGAACAACAUCUGAAGGAGUUUCAGAGUUUGACAUAGUCCCACUCCUUCCGAGACAUGCCACUGUCCCAUUUUGGCAGAAUGUGGGCAUAUCUCAACAUACGCUAGUAUAGGGGCCUUCCAUCAAAUCCUGAAAAACUCAAGGAUUAAGGGAUUGUGCCUUAAAGUUGUUUGUUUGUAUUAAUUUUAAUUGAUGGGAAGAUUUCCAUAUGAAUGUAACACAGCAGUUGUUGUUGUUUGAGAGCAUUAACCAGCCAUUAUUCUCCUUAAAAACAUAAAUAUUGUGUUGAAAUAGUUAGUUGUAAUUCUGGAAAUGGAUCUUCACUGGAAGGGGAAUAUAUUUUGGUACCUUGGUAUUGUAGGCAUCCACCAGAACUCAAAACAUCCCUGUGCAUAUGUGGUGCAUAGCACAAUGCACUAAGUUUAAUUUCAAACUAAUUAGAAAGUACAAAUUUGCAGAGUGCAAACUGCUUCUUAUUUUUGUGGUGGGUGGGGAAGAGAAUGGUGAUGGUUUUGCCCCUCUUCUACUGCUGUUGCAAUGCACCUUCCUGGCCAGUGAAAUUCACAAUUCCCUCCUCCUCCAUGUUGUAAUCUUGAGUGUCAUUUGAUGAAGAAAGCUGUAUUGAGGGAACACACCUUAGGUCUUUUUGCGAAACAAGGAGACUACUGAACAGCUGUCUCAAUGUUAUCAUGUGAUGCCAGUAGGCGUCCUCUUGAAAAGACAUUCCCCAUCUUCUCUCCAAAGAGAAGCGCUCUUCUAAGAGGGUGUCUGCCACUCACAAGUGCUGGGUUGUGAUGCAUGCAUGAGUUGUAUCGGGUGUCAGGUUAGAAGAAAUAUCCCUUCUUCUAUAAGAAGGAAGAAUGCCGCAAAGAGGACAUUUGCCACCUGUGGUUGUUGUUUUUUAACACUUAAAACAUGCUGCUCAGAUUAACUGAGAACCGAUUAACAGCUUUUAAUUUAGUUUCACAGCUUUGUUGACGAAACACCUCAAACGUCUAAGCUGUGCUGUGCCUACUUAAUUGGGCACGCUCCAUCCCUUUAAUCCUCUUACGUUCCAUUCCAGGUAAUUGAAAAGAACAAGCUGAUCUUGGCUCGCAGAAUGUAUGACAGUGAAAAGGCUUGGGUCAAAGGCAUGAGGCAUUUCAUUAUGAUGUUGGCAUCACAGGUAGAAUUGCUUAAGAGCACCUAACUGGGAAAGGGAUGUCAGCUAGUUUUGUUCGUUUGUUCCAGAAUGGCUGUGUGUGAAAGGUGGCUUGCUGGUACUCCUGGAUCCUUUGCUGUCACUUGAGGCUCGAGUACUUUCUAUCAGCUUCAGCUGCUGACUCAGCCGUGCCCCUAUCUAGACAAGGAUAGCCUAUGCUCUGUCACCUGUGCUUUGUCAACCUCUAGGUUAGAUUACUGCAAUGUGUUACACAUAGGGCUGCCUCUGAAGACAGUUCAGGAACCUCAGCUGGUGCUAAAUUUAGUGGACAGGUUGCUCACCGGGGCAAGAUGGUUUGAGCAUACUAUACCGAUCCUGGCGUGACUGCAUUGGCUGCCCAUUAGUCUCUGGACCCAAUUCAGAGUGCUAGUUUUGACCUAUAAAGCCUUAAAUCAGGGGUCAGCAAACUUACCAUGCCUCAGGCCGGUGUCUCCAGCGCCGAUCACGUGGCGGGCCGGAGGGUGGGGGAGCGCGUGCCCAUACACGUGUGCACACGCUAUUUCAGCGCACUUCCAGGUUGGAGGAGCACCGGAAAUAGCUUGUGCGCACGUGCACGGGCCUCCUCCGACCCGGAUGUGCACCGGAAAUAAUGCUUGCGCAUGCACGAAUAACGCUUGCGCAUGCACACAAGCUAUUUCUUGUGCUCCUCUGACCCGAACGUGGGCAGCCACACAACGCAGCACCAGUAAGAGCGGUCUGCGGCAGUGGGGGUCGCUGCGAGCCGGAUAAAACGAGUCCCUUGGGCCUUAGUUUGGGGACCCCUGCCUUAAAUGGUCAGGACCACAAUACUUCACAGACUGCCUCUUCCUAUAUGAACCGGCCUGAUCAUAAUCUGAGGCCCUUCUUCAUGUGGCUCCUCCAUGAGAGGCUUGGAGUGUGGCAAUAUGAGAACAGGCCUUCUCUGUGGUGGCUCCCCAUUUGUGGAAUGCUCUCCCCAGGGAGGCACCAGCUGAAAAUGUUUCUCCAUAACCAGGCUUUUGGCUGAUUAAACAUUUUAUGGCCCUUAAAAUGUGUUUGUGGGAGGGGGGAUUAUUGAUUUGCUUUUGUUUUCCAAUGUAGUUUGUGUUCUCGUGUUGUAUUUUUCUGCUCUGUGAUCUUUGAAUGAAGGGCGGCAUACAAAUACAACAACAGCAACAAUAUUGUUUCUGGGCAUAUGUGUCUCCAUUACACAGUCUGUUUUUCUGGAUUACAUCUCUGCUCGAGUACUCAUAGAGAAGUGGGGCAGGGAGCAGGGGACGACUGUAUAUUUAGAACAGUUUUAUGACACUCCAUGUUAGUUGGGCCCAGGCUGGCAAAAUGGCUAAAAAGCUGGUAGUGUUGACUGGCAGCAGUGUGUCUAGUGCUUCAUAUGAUUAAAAGUCUAUGUCCCAGUCUAAAUAUGUCCAGCAAUGCAUGUUUGAAUGCCAGUGUUGCACUUGUAAGAUUUUAGCUGUGUGUACUGUGGAAAUAAGAGAUGCUGGUGGCGCUGUGGGUUAAACCACAGAGCCUAGGACUUGCCGAUCAGAAGGUCAGCUGUUCGAAUCCCUGCGACAGGGUGAGCUCCUGUUGCUCGGUCCCUGCUCCUGCCAACCUAGCAGUUCGAAAGCACGUCAAAGUGCAAGUAGAUAAAUAGGGACCGCUCCGGUGGGAAGGUAGACAGCGUUUCCGUGCGCUGCUCUGGUUCGCCAGAAGCGGCUUAGUCAUGCUGGCCACAUGACCCGGAAGCUGUACGCCGGCUCCCUUGGCCAAUAAAGCAAGAUGAGCACUGCAAACCCAGAGUCGACCACGACUGGACCUAAUGGUCAGGGGUCUUCCACCUUACUGUGGAAAUAUGCAUAGUAUUAUUUGCUUAGCAAUUUAGAUGUCUGCUGUAGACAGACUUUUAUGAUUAUUUUGAUCUUUAUGGCUUUUUUAAAAUCUAUUUUUCUUAUGGAUUCUUUCUCUACCCCCCAAUCCCAUUUUUCUCUUGUGAUUCUUUCAGGAUGCGACUGAUCUUUCCACUCUGCAGGAGCUGACACAGGAGUUUCGGGAACGCGUGAGCCAAAUUGCCACAGAACUGGAACAAAUCGAAGAAACCAGUAGGGACAGGGCUAGGAGUAUUCAGAAUGGUUUGGCUGGUUGGCUCAGUUACUUCCAGAAUCAUGUUCUGUGAGUCUCAAGGAAUGAUCCUUUAUUAUUGGGGGGCCUCGGUGCUGCCUUCCACAUUCACUGGAGCAGUACAUGGUCAAAGAUCAUUUUUUUAAAUUUUUUAAAAUCAUUUUUAUUGAUUGUCCAGUUAAAAACAUCCAUUUAAUAUAUCCAAUCAUAUUACUCCAAUUAAAAUAAAAAACUAAAAUAAAAAAGACCAAAUUAUGGUCCAAAUUAUAUGUAUUAAUUUUUCAGAGCUCCACAUGGUCUGGAUCUCUGAAGCAUAUCUCCACAUCUUAGUCCUGCUUCUCCUCGUUGUUUCCAUAUUUUCCACAUCUCGAUUUUAACGCUUCAUAAUUCUUUGUCCCUGAGUCCACGAUUCUCAGUCAUGUCAAACAUAAUGUACUUUCAUCCGUCGAAUAUAGCUUUGCUAACAUAUAUUUUUCCAACUGUCUUUUUAUCAGCUCAGCUUCCUCUGAUUCCUUAAAAAGAAAAGGAGGUUAAUUUUUUAAGGGUGCCACUAUGUGUACUUGAUUUAAACAUCAGGUUGCCAUCAGCACUGAGCUAACACUGAUUUCACAUACAGCUGACCUAUCUUGUCAAUCCUGAAAUUUGUGCAAGGGUUACUCCUUAGCUAUCUUUGAAAUACUUGGUUUAUUUACAGUUAUAGAAGCAAAACCUGUUUGAAGCAAACAGAUAACCGUGCAGCAGGCAGCGAAUCCACCAAACCUGCCUGUAUUUCUCAGAGAAUAUAUUCACACAAGUUGCUUCAUGGUCAAGUUGCUUCUCCCUAAAUUCAAACUGGAAAGCUCUCUCUGAACUAUUUCUUGUGCUCUCCUAAUUGCUGAUAGGUACUGCAUUGCAAAGGCCAUAAAUGAAUAUUAAAGUUCAUUUGUCAGAUCCCUAGACUGACCAAGCAAUGCAUUAAACUAGGGAUGGUGACCCUUUGUGGCAUCGAUGAAUCAAGCAAAGCCACAAUGAUAAACCCAUUCAGAGUAAGUUCCAAACAAUAGGCUCUUGAAGGUGCUUCAGUUUCUUUCUUUGUGUCUCAAGCAAGGUAUGCACACAGCAGGAGUUUAUUCCGAUUUUAGACACCCUGGACAAGAGUGUGUGUUUUUUUUUUGCUAUAUAAUUCCCUCCUCCUCUCUUUGACUUCCCAGUGGAAAAGGAACUUACACUUUUGCAAAAGGAGCCUCUUUAUUGGAUCAAAUCCUUGUGGAUCUGAAGGUCUGGGAAAAGGUAAGGGGUUUCCAGUACCAAUCACAACGAACACAGUAUUAAAUAUGAUUAUGUAUUGGGUAUUUAGAUGUCUUCCCUGCAGGUAACAUGCUUGUUUGUAGGCAGCCGAUCAUGCAUCACUUUAUUUAUUGUCCUUAAAUGUUUUUCUGCCUUAGGAAGCUAAAAGUGGCUUGUGCGGCCAUUCAGUCCCUAAUUAGGACUGCUUCUGCUAAUGUUUAUCAAUGCAUUCAUUGACUCAUAUUAUCACUGCAGCCAGUAAAGGGCAAGCUUGAUAUGGCAUAGGAAGAGUGUGAAAUUCCUCUGCUUACUGCAGCUGUAGGGCAGGGCUCUGAAUUCAAGGAAAGCAGCAGUCUUCAUGUUGAAUUUCAUGCUUCUCCUCGGAUUUGUUUAUGUGUGUGUGUGUUUUCACCAAAAUUACCUCUGCUGCUUCACUCCUCUCCAGUUUGUGUGAAAGGACACAAGUUAUGUGUUAUCUUUUUUCUUCUGUGUGGAGAAAAGCAGCAUAGGGGAGGGCAGAGCAAGUCUUACCAGGCAAAUUGCUCACGGGGAAAAGGUUGAGUAUCCCCACAUCACUCAUUACUUCAAUCAAAUUUGGAGCCUCCAGAAGGAGCAAGGGUUGACUUUCUGUAAGUUAUAAAUAAAUAAACAGUGGUACCCUUCCAGUGCCCACGAUUUCACAUCUUGUUUGGUCCUAAAAUUGUUAGGCUUUCCGGGUCAUGUGGCCAACAUGACUAAACUGCUUCUGGUGCAACGGGACACCGUGACGAGUGCCAGAGUGCACAGAAAUGUCAUUUAGCUUCCUGCCACAGCAGUACCUAUUUAUCUACUUGCACUGGUGUGCUUUCAGACUGCUAGGUUGGCAGGAGCUGGGACAGAGCAAUAGGAGCUCACCUUGUUGCGUGGACUUGAACUGAGCAUACAGUCCCUGAGAAAGGUUUCAGGAAAUUAUGGCAUUUGUUCCUUCUCCUGCUAGAUGUUGAAUGAGGAGUUGGCGCAGUUUGGUGGAGAAAUCCUCCUUCUGAGACAAGAGCCCCUCACGGUGACUACUAAUCUACAGAAGCAAUGGGUGGACCUGGGACUUGUUGUGCAUGGGCGUCACAAGACUCUCAAGGGAAGGAUGCCUGUUGAGUUGAAAAUGCUGGAGAGAAUCAACAAGCAGUCCACUCUUCUCUGUGAGCAGUACCGUAUAAGGAUUUGCGGAGAUAACGGUGAGAAACAGCUGGGUUUUCCCAAAAAGAUUUUCUGGAGCACCUCUGGCAAAGGAAAUUAAGAACCUUUUCCUGAUACGAUUCAUAAGAACAUAAGAAGAGCGUGCUGGAUCAGGCCAAUCGCCCACCUAGUACAGCAUCCUGCUCUCACAGUGGCCAACCGAUGCCCAUGGGAAACAAGCAGAGCAUGAGCACAAGGGCACCUCUCCCGUUCUGUGGUUCCCGGCAACUGGUAUUUGGAAAAAUUGCUGCCUCCAACGUGGAGGUAGAGCAUAGUCUUCACGGCUGGUAGCCACUGAUAGCCCUCCAUCACUGCCUCCUGGGGAGCAAGUUCCAUAGUUUGUGCACUGUUUGAAUAAGUCCUUCCUUUUGCCUGUCCCAAAUCUUCCAACGUUCAGUUUCAUUGAAUGGCCGCAAGUUCUAAAGUUACAAGAGAGAGAGGGAGAAAAAACUUCCUCUCUCCAUUUUCUCGAUGCCACGCAUCGUUUUAUAAACUUCUAUCAUGUUGCUUCUCACUCGGCGUUUCUCUAAACCAGGCAUCCCCAAACUCGGCCCUCCAGUAGUUUUGGGACUACAGUUCCCAUCAUCCCUGACCACUGGUCCUGUUAGCUAGGGAUGAUGGGAGUUGUAGUCCCAAAACAUCUGGAGGGCCGAGUUUGGGGGUGCCUGCUCUAAACUAAAAGGUUCCAAAGGCUGCAGCCUUUCUUCGUAGGGCUGCAUUCUAUCCCUUCGAUCAUUUUGCCCACCUUUUUCUGAUCCUUUUCCUUUUUAAGAUGAGCCAACCAGAACUGUAAACUGUACUCCAACUGUGGUUGCACCGUAGAUUUGUAUAACAGCAUCGUUCUGUGGGGCAAGCAGAAACGCUUGCUUGCACUGGCGAAACCGUUGCCUUAGCAUGGUGUUUCCACCUCUUAGGUUUAUGUUUAACUCGAAUUGCCUUCCUACAUCAUUUCUUGUUAUUUUACAUUUUUAUGUUCUCUCCAGGAUCUGCUAGAAUUUUAACGUCUUUGAUCAACAGCUUGGAAGACUGGAGCUUCAAGCUGCUUGCCAACCAGCAAAAGGGUUCUAUGCAUGAAACGGAGUGGAUAAAAUUUUUCCAGACAGUUUCUGAAUGGAUAGCCCAGAUAGACGAUCUCUUGAGCUUCAUUGGUUCCGGCGACACUGUAGAGGACCGAAGGCUUAGAGCAUUUCAUAGCUUGUAAGAUAAGAUGAUUUUCAAAGCUGUUUGCUUUGCUUCUGUAGAGCACUUGUAUCUGGACAGAUAACAAUCUUUUAAUAGAAACUUUCAGAUGAAAGAGCCCUUCACUUCUGAGUCAUCAGUUGAGAUCAGAUGGUUGGGUGGAGACACAUUUGAAUAACUGUUAACUAAUAAUUUUAACAGAAUUUUGAAUUCAGCAAGAGUUUAAAGUGCAGCAAUAUUGGCACUCACCACUGACCUCUUCCUGCCCCAAUCAAAAAGCUGGCAGGGGCUCUUUAACCCCUCCCUCCGGCAUGAACAGUGAGAGGGGGGUAGAUGGAGCUCUCCCUUUCCUUGCAGCUCUGCUGGUAAUCUGAAGGAGCCUUUGCUGCUGGUCACACUGAGGCUUGGACUAAAGAGCCCUUUGGCUCAGUAAUGGAUCAGUAUGGGUCAGCUGUGUGGAGCCUCCCUCCUGAUGCCAUUGCUACACCUUACCUGGAGGGGAAUUGGUCCAGCUGCUCAGCCCUGCCCUCACUGCCGAUCUGCCCUACCCUGCCACAGCUCUGCCCCAACACACCCUCCUGCUUUGGCUGUGUCACAAGUCUGGUGGACACAUGCAAGAACCUCUGUCCCCGACACCUUUGCUUUCUGUUUGCAAGAGGAUUCGUUUUUAUGCAGUGUCAAAUUUCUGCUAGGCUCAGAUGGAAAUGCCCCACUCCAUCUCUCAGCUCUCCACCACCUCAUUCCCACCUCAUUCUCUUGCAUAUGUCAAGGGCCCUCAAGAGCAGUCAAUAGGACAAAUAGACAGGGAGGCACAGCAAAAACCUAUGUUACGCCAUGCAAUUUUAAAAGUCCUUUGUCCAUGUCUUGGCUUGUACGGGAGAGAGCAACAAGGCGUCUUUGGAUUGCUGGGGUCCAGCAAAAAAAUUGUCAUCAAUCCCCAUAAUAUUGAACCAGUCAGACAGAUGGCAACUGGUGAAGACAAGUAUUGUCAUUGCCAAAAAUGAUUUCCCCUGUAAUCUUGGCUCAUCUCUUGUUUUCUUACCAUGAAAGAAAAUAUAGAAGAGCUCCAUGUCUUUUCUCUCAUGAAUGCAAAAGAGUCUGGAAGAUGUGAUUCCGAGAAGACCGUUAUGAGGAAGAGCGUUCAGCAGCCCUUGCCAGAUCAGUGUUGCAUCCUUUGAAAUUGAAAUUAUACUUUCAGCUUGACCAGUGUGUGGAAUUUUAUUCUCAGCUCAGAAUUUGGGGGUUCUUUGAGCCCAUUUUAAUAAUGAUUUUGGAAGUUAAGAGUCUAAGGUAGUGUCUGGUCCUGAUCUAAUUGGUUAUGAUGUUGUUAUUGUUGUUGACUGAAUUGUUUCCUUUAAGGUUGAUACCUGAGGAUGUGUUCAAGAAGAUUCAGCAGUGGAUCCUGACAACCACUAGUGGUUCCGAGAAAGAAAAUGAUCAGCUCAGCCAUGAAGUAGGUGUCCUGGUGUUUUUCCAACUUCUAACAGCAGAGGCACACUUGUUUCAAACUAAAAUGGAGGGCAAACUUCACUCUUAAAACCCUCUAAAUGUAAGCUUUUUUAUGUGUAACGUAAUAAUUACCUUUGCUCAGAGGAGGCCCACCUUGUGUUUCUGCAUGUGUCACUCUUCCGAGCGUGUGUCUUGAUUAGAAGCAGCCAAUCCCAAAGAAGUAAGUCAGGCAGAGAGAGAAGAGGCAGCCUUUUUUGAAGGCCAGCAGUUCUGCUGCGUGUCUGUACUGAGAGCAGUUGAAAUGGUCAGUUUGCAGCUGAUGCAGAAUUGGAGAGAUGUAGAUUUCUAUAGCAAAGCUAAAAAACAACAACAUAAAAAGUGGGUCUUGUUGCAGGCUAAGGAUAGGUCUUGGAUCUGAAAAGCUCCCCCUUUCUUCUUCCUAUAUGAUGUCUGUCUUGUACAUGUGUACAGAUGUACAGAGAAAAGAAGUAAGUCCCUGGGACUUGUUCCUGUGCAAGCAGACCUAGGAUUUUAGCCCUAGUGUUCAUGCUGUGACUUUGUGGUAUAGCUUGAAUCCACCUUGCUCUAAACUUCCUACAGCUGAACGACUUCCACAAUGCUCUGAGCAAGUGGAUGGUCAACCUGCUCAUCCACAUGGCUCCAGACCACAUCUCUCGUGAUACCCUCCCCUUGACUGAUGCAGAAGCGGCAAGGCAGGCGGAAAGGAAGCUGCUGAACAUUUUCAAGCUGGAAGGAGAAGCCACAGGCCUGGCUGCAAAGCUGAGCACAUUCUCCUGCUACAUAGUCAGGUAUUGCUGAUCCCACUGAAUCUCAUCUGCUUCAUAAAGUCACCCCACCAGGCGGGAAGGAAGCCCAUGCCAUGACAGAAAAGCUGUGUGGCAAUGACAGAGAGCACCAUGAUAGGGCACAUCUAGUGAUAUCUCUGUCUCAGCUACCCACACAGUAAGUGAACAGUAAUGUUUCCCUCACAAGGUUGCUGGAGGAUGAACGCACAUUUUUAUUUAUAUGUGGUAUAGAUGUAGAUCAUGACAUGGCCAAAUACUGAAGGAGGUUUUUGUGGCCUGGUUUGUUUUAGUGCCUCAGCCCCACCUGUUCCACCUGGUUCUACAGGGAACCAGGCAGAGGGCCUUCUUGCUAGUGGCACCCGCCCUGUGGAAUGCCCUCCCUUCAGAUGUCAAAGAGAUAAACGACUACCUGACAUUUCGAAGACACCUGAAGGCAGCCCUGUUCAGGGAAGUUAUUAAUGUGUGACAUUUUAAUGUAUUUUUAAUCUUUGUUGGAAGCCGCCCAGAGUGGCUGAGGAGACGCAGCCAGAUGGGUGGGGUACAAAUAAUAAAUUAUUAUUAUUAUCAUUUAUUAUUAUUAUUAUUAUUAUUAAAAGGGACACGGGUGGCACUGUGAGUUAAACCACAGAGCCUAGGACUUGCCGAUCAGAAGGUCGGCGGUUCGAAUCCCCGUGACGAGGUGAGCUCCCGUUGCUCGGUUCCUUCUCCUGCCAACCUAGCAGUUCAAAAUCACAUCAAGUGCAAGUAGAUAAGUAGGUACCACUCUGGUGGGAAGGUAAACGGCGUUUCUGUGCACUGCUCUGGUUUGCCAGAAGCGGCUUAGUCAUGCUGGCCACAUGACCCGGAAGCUGUACACCGGCUCCCUCGGCCAAUAAAGUGAGAUGAGUGCCGCAACCCCAGAGUCGUCCGCGACUGGACCUAAUGGUCAGGGGUCCCUUUACCUUUACCUAUUAUUAUUAUCAUUAUUAUUAUUGUGCUGGUGUUGCCUAGGAGAUGUUUUGACUCUUGCAGUUGUGAUGAACGGGGUAUCAUUAGGCAAGCUCAGCCCUCCCUUGCAAGAUUAGACACAAUAAUAUUGACCUAUCUAGUUGCUGUAAGGAUUGCCAUAAGAUAAUGUAUGUGAAGCUUUUCAUACACUCUGAAAAUAUUCUAUAAAUACUAAAAUUCAUCUGGGUUAUUAAGCAAGCCUUCUGGGGACUCUCCCAGAAAUCUAGGCAACAAAGCCAAAACCAGGAUUGCAGGCAGCAAACAGAUACCAUUCCAUCUCUCUAGAUAUGAGUCAGCAGAGAGGGAAGCAGGUAAAGUUGUUCCUGGUCUAAUUUGCUAGAAUAAUGCUCAUCAGAAAAGCUUGCUUAGAAAAUGAAAGAUUUUGUGUCCUCAAUGAAAUGAUUAUUAUCACUAUACAGUGGUGCCUCGCAAGACGAAAUUAAUCCGUUCCGCGAGUCUCUUCGUCUUGCGGUUUGUUCGUCUUGCGAAGCACGGCUAUUAGCGGCUUAGCGGCUAUUAGCGGCUUAGCGGCUAUUAACGGCUUAGCGGCUUAGUGGCUAUUAACGGCUUAGCGGCUUUAAGAAAAAGGAAACAAACUCGCAAGAACUCGCAAGACGUUUCAUCUUGCGAAGCAAGCCCAUAGGGAAAUUCGUCUUGCGGAACGACUCAAAAAACGCAAAACCCUAUCGUCUAGCGAGUUUUUCGUCUUGCGAGGCAUUCGUCUUGCGGGGCACCACUGUAAUUAUAAUUAUACUGAGCAUAUAAUGAUGUCAGUAAGAAUGGCACUGGGCACUUCAGACAGAGUGCUCCAUGCAUACAUUCUCUCAGUAAUCCUGAUCAAUGCUAUUAGUUAGGAUUAGUGUUAUCAUUCUCAUAUUUCAGAAGGCAGAAUGGGGACGGAGGCUGAGAUAAUGGGUUGACAUUUUUCAGGGCUUCCUAGAGAAUUCACAGAGAUAAGAUUUGAAACAAGUAAUUCCUGGCUUUCAAAUAUUAGCCCCCCCCCCCCUUGCCUACAGUUAGUUGCCCCACUUUUCUCAUUUGUAAACUUCAAAUGUAAAUGGUCCUCAUGACAGAAGGAACGUGACGAAACUGGCUUUCUCAUAUUAAAGUGGCAUUGCUGUGACGUAACCUAUUGCUGACAUCAUGUAUUUCCUCAGCUGUUGCAAGGAGAUGGUAGCAACGAUAACACGCCAGAAGAUGGUAACUCUUCAACCAGAUGCAGAACAUGAAUUGCAACAGUUAGAGAGGAUCAAGGUAAGCAAGACCAAAUGUGGUCUCUUGCCUUUUGUGCCUCACUGUCCAAAUCCAUCCUACUGUUUUUGGUUUUGAAGUUGGUCAUUGAAUAAGUGAAAUAGUUCCUCGAUUGGGUCACUCUACUUGUCCUAAAGCCUUCACAAUAUUUCAAACCCUGAGAUGGUCUUUGUUGCUGUUCCUGCCGCUGCUGUAUUGAUUAUGGUGAUGAUGUGAAUUUAUCAGCUGCUGUUCAAAAUUAAGUAUUUUUUCCAUGACACUGCCUUAUUUAUUACCCUGGAAUGCCUUCAAGCCUCAGCACAGUGCGCAAAGGCUCUCUGGAGCAAUGGAGAUGACUUCAGCUGCUGGGCACUUCUCAGUGUGGGGCUUAAGGCUGUCCUUCAUUCGCAGCCUCUGGUGAGCUUUCUAGGUCAGAGGGGGAUGUCGGAUGGCAGCCAGUCCAGCGAUAACAAGAGAGUUGCUGUGUAAUGUGGCUUCAGCCGCCACCAUUUUUAUUCUCCCAGAAUACCCCUGGGCACGACAUCAGAACCCCGAGGCAUUCUGGGGUGAUAAAGAUGUCAUUGUCUCUCUCAGCAGCUUCAGCCUGUCACUUCUUUGUUGAGCACUGGACCAAAAAGGAAACACUAAGCAAACAGAAAGGAGAGGAUCAGCCGCUUUGACGGGUCUUCUCAAGCCCAUGGCCCCACUGUGCCAAGUGCUGCUUCUGGGCCUGGCUCCCUGCACGCAUAGUUCUGCGGUCCCCAUGUCUGCAUGUAAGCAAUGGGAAACAUUUUUCACAUUCUCUUGUGGGCAGCUUUCCAGGGUCCGCAUGCCGGGGUGGAUGGGGCCGCAGGCGAAAGAGGACAAGUGGGAUUCUUGUGACUCUUAACUUUUGCAGAGUAGGCAUCAUUCCAGCCACACAAAAGCCAGAGGGUUCUACAUUUGCGGUUAACAAGCUGCCAUCAAAAUUUCCGUAAAUCUUGGUACAUUGUGUACCUUUUGCCUACUUUUAAAGAUGGCUUGCUCACAGUUGCCCACGGACAAUGCCGUGCGUACUUUUUAAAGCCCAGCCAGUUUUCAGUUAAGUGGUUUUUCUUACGCAUUGUGAAAUUUGAACUCUGUUAACACUGCUGAUCCGGGCUGUGGUGACCCUUGUUCAGGAAGUUCCAAUAUCCAGACUGGGCUGGUGCUGUUAAGGGGGUGCCUAGUUGGAGAGGAGGAGAAAAAAUCUGCAGUUGAGCCCAGUAGUGUCACAGAAAUCAUGACGGCGCAUGGAAGGUACCCCCAAUAUUUCAUGUUCCUCCCUAGGCAGGAGGAAGAAAAGGCUGAAAAUUUGUGGUAGUGUCAAUUAUGGCAGCCAUCAGCAAGGGAGGAUAUGAGUCUCAUGUUUCUGGGAAGCAUUUUUGUGAAAUAGAUUGGAAAAGAGAAGUGUGGGCUGUUUGAAGGCAUGCAGUAAGGUCUGGGCCACUUCAGGCUGAGUGGGAAGGUAGGCUGAGGCUGGGUUGUUCGGAAAGUCUCAAGUUGGGUUGGGACAAUCGUGUCUCUCUUUGGCCCAUGUCGCUUUUGUGACAUCACUAGGGAUGUUGGAGGAUUCUGAUGGAAACAGAAACAGGUGCAAAAAUUGUUGCUCUUCACAUCUUCUCUCAUUUUCAGGACCAGGUUCACUUCAUGUGAAUGAAAGCAGCAUUGACUGACACCACUGUUGAUUUUUUCCAAAGCUGUGAACGUUACGUAAUAACAUUACAGAAACUUGAUUACCUUCCUCGCGUGCAAGCUCCUUUGAACCCAGUGGAAUUUGCUUUUGUAUAAGCAUGCAUGAGAUUACCCUGUAAAUCUCUGUGAGGCAAUUGCAACUUCACUUCCGCAAGGCACCUACUGUUUCUUAAUGAAACAGUUCCCAUAACCUGGAGUUUCUCCAAGCCUUUUAAUCCCUGCCAGUCAUGUCUUCUGCAGUGUGCAAACUUUUUUUGCGCAAUAUUGUGUGUUUAUACAAUCUGCUGCUACUAUUGCAUGGGAAUUGAAGUGUGUCCACGUUGACAUUAGAAGCCUAACAGAGCAGGCCUAAUCCUGUCUUAUCAGAAGUAAGUCCUAUUGAGUUCAAUGAGGCUUGCUCUCAGGCAAGGGGGUUCUAGAUGGGAUUAUUUAUUUAUUGAAUUUAUAUCCUGCCCUUCCUCCCAAAGGAGUUCAGGGCAGCAAAUUCAUAAGCCCUGUGAUAUGAGAAAUAGCUGGUUCCAAACAAAAAGGAAGUUGGAAUGAGUCUUAAGAGCACAGGCUAGACUCCUAACUAUGUCUACUCAGAGGUAAGUCGCAUUGAACUCUAUUGUGUGAAAGCCAGCCUCAUUUGGUGGAAAGGCAGGAAACAAAUAUAACAAAUAAAUUGGUUCUAGUAAUCAAAUCGGUCUGAUAGAUGUGCAGUUCAUGUCAGAAUUCACAAAGACUGAAUUCCUGGGUGGGAUAUUGGGAUUUUGGAAGGCUGGGGCUCUCUGGAGGAGAUGUUGCAUAGUGAUAGCGGUAGGGGCAGGGCAUUGGCCCAAUGGGACUUCAGGUUUUAGCGGGCCUUUAAUAGUCAUCCCUCAUAAUCUCCAUUUAUGACAACAGUACCACUGAGAAUGUAAGAAAUAGUGUUUUUCACUGGUGGGUGUUACACAAACACAAGCAACCACAGCACACCUGCAAUUAGGGCAAGGGUUUUCCAACCCAAAGUCUGUUACUCCCUAGGCAGCAAAUACAUGGACCUAUCGAUGAUGACGAAGAGUCCAAGUACAGGUGUGAAUGACAGGUCACGGUAUGCAUUUGCAGGGAAGAUAAUGGCUGGGAUGAAUGGUGGACCUCUCAAAAAUCCUUGGCCCCCUACAAAGUCCAGCUCCACCUACUGCCCAUUUGGGUUGGGAACUGAAAUGGAGAGCCAUAUGCUAAGCAAAACACUGUACAACUUCAGAAGUUUAGAAGUGAUUCCUCUAAGCAUAGUUCAACAUAAGCAACUCUGUUUGAGCCCUCUGGAAGAGCACCACAGGGCAACUGUUUUUACAGUGGUACCUCGGGUUAGGAACUUAAUUCGUUCUGGAGAUCCGUUCUUAAGCUGAAACUGUUCUUAACCUGAAGCACCACUUUAGCUAAUGGGGCCUCCCGCUGCCGCUGCUGCACAAUUUCUGUUCUCAUCCUGAAGCAAAGUUCUUAACCCGAGGUACUAUUUCUGGGUUAGCGGAGUCUGUAACCUGAAGCAUCUGUAACCUGAAGCGUCUGUAACCCGAGGUACCACUGUAUUUCCCUUUUGGUGAUUGGUUGCUUCUUUCGCUCUCUCUUUUUCCAGACAGAGUGCUUGGAUUGGAUUGAAACCUGCAACCUCCUCCUGUCUGGGAUGAAGACCACUCCCACCACUUUAAUCAGCCAAGAAGACCUGGUUGGCCUGUUUGGAUUAGAGGUACUGGCAGAAAUAACCUUUGGUGUGACUGGUGGUGGUGGGGACUUUUUCUCCCUCUGCUCCCCUGCCCUCCACCUCUCUUCUGGCGCAGGGCGAUAUCUCAGAAGGAGAAUUUCACUUGCAACCUUUUUGCAGGUGCUUCAGCUGAAACGACAGCUUCCUCCUCGUCCGGAGCAGAGAGUGGAGAGCUCCACCACCACAGAUGUACCUGUGGAGGAAGAGAAAAAAGACAAAGAAGCUGUGGAUGUUCUAAAAGAUCAGGAAGCACCAGAACAGAAGCAAGUGUUAGAAGCAGAGGUGAGCAUCUCCAUUAGGAAAUGUAGAAAGCUGUCCCUCUUCUUUCAGGGCUUCUUUCUUUUUCGCUGGGGCUCCUGGCCGUGUGUUUAUUGCUAUCUGGUGGAAGUUUUGACAUCAUGAAAAGGGAAGCCUGCAGUUUACAAACAGAAGAAAUAUAUAUCUAUCCCUCAUGACUAUGGAGAAGAGAUUGGAGACAUAUGGUGGCUGCUACCUGAAAAAGCUACUUCCAGUAGGCCACACAGAAGUUGUUAAUGGUGUCAGGAGUGGCAUCACUGCUGGGCCCCUGGGUUGGUAGUGUGGAGGAAGCAGUUUGCAUGGAUGGGGCUGUCAACGUGGCUGUUUUUCUUACAACUACGUCCCGCGUGAUAAGCUUCCUUUACAUAUUAUCAGGAGCAAUGGGGUAUUCGUUGGCUGCAUCACAUUGCUGGAUAUGUAUGAACUGCCCAUUUAAUGCUUUGGGUUCUCCCCUUCUGUGACUUAAAUUUCUUGCUGUUCUGAUCAUACAUCCAACACCUCCCUCUUUGUUCACUUCCUGAAAAAUUGCAAAAGCUUUGAAAAAUCUGAGGAAUUGGAAUUUGAUGCCAGUAAAUACUGGUCACUGAACUGAGAAUUCCUUGCUACAGAUUCUGGAUUCUGGUUUCUUCUGGUGCAGAACAUAAGCAGGACUGUGGGCAGUGCAGCAAAAACAAGCCUCACAAAGGAGAGGCACCCCCUUUCUCCAGCUGUUGGUCAUAAAGUGUCUACUUGAGUCAGAAACUUUAUGCUACAAAGUUGUAUACCACUUAGCUUUCUCACAAAGCAUCCUGGGAAUUGUAGUUUGAUGAAGUGCUGCGGAUUCUCUUUUCAAGGGUGGUUGAGCAUGUUUAAAUAUGGAAAGUGGAUAAGCCAAGAGUGUAUACGCUUCCGAUUCUCCAGCAGCAGAGAAUCAGCCCCAGAAUUCAUGCAUGGUCUGUGAACCAGGGACAUAGGAAGGGGGGGCGGGAGGGGCGGGUGACAAGAUGGCCCCUGCCUCCCCCCAGCUGUAGAGUGGCCAAGGGCGCGCACAGUCCAUAUGGGCGCUGCUUGCACAGCAUCUGUAUGGGCUGCCACUCUCACGUGCCAUCUGUACGGGUGUCCAUAUGGGCUGCCGCACGUGCGCACUCUGUACGGGAUGCUGCUUGUGCAGCAGCCUGUACAGUCGCCGUGCAAGCAGCAGCCAAUAUGGACGCCGCGUGCAAGUGGCACAUGAGAGUGGCAGCCCAUACAGAUGCUGCCCAUACACAUGUGCAGUCUGUACAGGAUGCCGCUUGCAUGGUGUCCGUACGCGCUACCACACAUGCACACUCUGGGAUGCCACUUGUGUGGCAACCCAUACAGUCACCGUGUAAGCGGCAGCCUGUACGGAGUGCGCACGUGUGGGAUACCGCACAUGUGCAGUCCGUACGGGAUGGCGCACAUGCGCACUUCGCACGGGCUGCCCUGCCCCUGGUGCCAGAGAGGGUUCCUCCGCCACUGCUGUGGACACUGACUCCAGGAGCUCUUGAACCACAAUUGACAGCGUAGCCUUAUGUGGAAUAUGAAAAUAAGUGAAGAUUGUGUUGAUCAGAGCUUUUUUCCUAGAAAAAAUGGUGCCGGCACUCACCGCGAAGUUGUUACAGUUAAGUGCCACACUUUUAACAUAGCCAUUAAAAAGGCGCCGGUACUGCAUACUGUCGAGUACCCCCAGGGGGAAAAAGGACUGGCGUUGAUCAUCAUGAUCCUUCCAUACACUAUCUGAGUCUCUUCUGUGCGCAGUUUCCUUGAUGAUGAGGAAACAACCAUUGCAUUGUGUGGUCCUUCCCUUUCCCCUUGCUCCUUCUCUUUGUCCUUGCAGGAACAGCCGCCUGUGCCCAGCACCAGCACUGGUGAGCAGGCCGAGAGUCUUGCGGUCACUUACCCAGUCAGAUACAUUGGAGAUGAUUCUAAUGUGUAUGUCAAAACCAUGCAAGUGCAAGAAAUCACAGUGUCACGGGUAUGUAUGUACAUAUAAAUAGAUAGAUCUUCUCCGAAGAGGUGUGUCUAUUUGGAACAAGGUGUGGCAGCUGCUUUAGAGGACAGGUUCUCAGUGUUAGUUAUUUAUAUCCCACCUUGCAGCAGAAGAAUCGUUAUUUGCAUCAGCCACUAGCCAUAGCAAUAAAACCAAAUAAAAUGUACUGAAGGUAGAGGUAAAAACUUAACUAUAGAAAAUACAUUUGGGGGUUUACAUCAAUAAUCAAAUAAUAGAUCUUAUUCUAAUUGUCCCCGCUAAAAACCCUGCAGUUUUUGCUGUCACCUGAUCAUCUUGAUCUGCUAAAAGAAAGGACACAGUAGGAACGGCUGAGUGACCUGGCAUGGACAGUAAUAGAGGGGUAAUAACCUCACUCCUCAAAUCUUUAUAAAGAGUGUAAGCCAGAAGCACAUGAGCCACUGACUCAAUACUGCCAUCUCCGCAUAGACAUAACCAUUUUUCCAGUGGAUUUUUUUGAAAUUGACCCUCGAGUACAGCCAAAGGCAGUAUAUUCAAUCUUGCGAAAGUGAAAGCGUGUCUGUAUUUUGAAAUUGUUACAUUUUGCAAAUAGGGUGCCAAAGUGACUAGGUGGAAAAUAAUCAUACCAUGGACAAAAGUUCCUUAUUUUGGCCAGAUUAUUCUGUUGCUCAGUGUCAUAUAGGCAGUGUCUAAUUAAAUUAUUUGAUUACUGAAACCAGAUGUUAAUAACUGUUGUGGUGAUAAACCAGAAAAGUAGAUUUUAGUCCAAGUGCUCCCAUGACAAUCUUGCAAUACUAAUGGUAGUAGACCAGUGUAUCCCACCGUUUUUCUCCAAGGAGCUCAAGGUGGCAUAGAUGGUUCUCCCCCUCCUCAUUUAAUCCCCAUGAAACCCCCAUGAGGCAGAUUAGGCUGCGAGAGGCAGUGACUGGCCCAAAGGCACCCAGUGAGCUUCAUGGCCGAGUGGGGAUUUGAACUCUGGACUCCCUGUUGGGAUACUGCCAGGGAGACGAAGGCAUCAGGCAGGCCCCCAGUCGUCUCCGGACAAUCCCCGGUCUCCCGUGGAACAGCAUCAGUCAGUUAGCAACACGAGCCUCAGAGACAUUCCAAGACCCGUGCACACCCUUUCAGCAAAGUCUCCACAACGGAAGAUGCAGACAGGAGAGCAUAUUUACAGCUUUAUUCAACGUAGAUCAGAACAAAGGAAAAACAUGACUGCUUGCCUCCGUGUCCAGGAAAACAGCCGGAACAAAAGCUAUAUAUAAAACGGAAGUUCCCAGCGAGAGCUGGAACGAAACAGGCAUGUGAUACACAACAAUCAUGCCUGACCAUUUAAGGUGGAACGGAACUAUAUCCUAACACUCCCAGGUCCUAGUCCAACUCUAUGGCCACUACAACACACUAUUACAGCAGGAAAAUAGAUCUGGGAAGUUCUCCUGCAAUGGCCCCAUUGAAAAGAACGGCAGUGGUGCAUGAACACCGUUAUGGGGUUUUUACAGGAGAUAUUCUCAGGCAAUUGUGCCCUGAUAAAUCUUUUCUUCUCAGAGGCAGAGUAAUGGCAACUUCCAACUCUGUGCCUCUGUAAAUAAAACAGUGCAAUGACCCUGUAAAGUAGGCCAGAAUUUUUAUCCCCUGAAGAUGUAAGGGAUGAGUGAGCAUCACUUGUCUAAGGCUACCUAGUGUGCUCAUAGCUGAGGCAAGAUUUGAGCCAGGGACUUCAGUAUGCCAGUUCUGAGACAGAAAGUAGCCUGUUGAUUUAUUUCCUUUCAUUUCCUAUAAGUUACUCACUCUUCUUAUUCCAGAGGGAGUUGCAUGCCAGCCAGUGGACCACAAAGGCCUCAAAGAAGGAAUUUGAGUUGCUGGCGUCACUGGAAAUUCUGGAAGAGCGACUCGUGUGAGUAUAGAACCACAGGGAAGAGAUGGAUGGAUGUGUGCAUUCUUGUGCAGACUAGAGACUAGAGGGUAUCUUGAACAGGUGGCCUAUGUGAUUGCAGGUGUCUAUUCUGCCACAACACAUUCCAUUUUUAAACAAAAAUAGGAUGCAGGUGGCGCUGUGGUCUAAACCACUGAGCCUCUUGGGCUUGCCGAUCGGGAGGUCGGCGGUUCGAAUCCCCUCAAUGGAGUGAGCUCCUGUUUCUGUCCCAGCUCCUGCCAACCUAGCAGUUUGAAAGCACACCCAAGAGUCCAAGUAGAUAAAUAGGUACCGCUCCUGCAGGAAGGUAAACGGUGUUUCCGUUGCGCUGCUCUGGUUUCACCAGAAGCGGCUUAGUCAUGCUGGCCACAUGAGCUGGAAAAACUGUCAGCAGACAAACGUCGGCUCCCUUGGCCAGUAAAGCAAGAUGAGCGCUGCAACCCCAGAGUCGUUCGUGACUGGACUUAACUAUCAGGGGUCCUUUACCUUUACCUUUAGUGAUAUGUGAGUUCUCAUGUGGUUUUGCAGUGCUAGGAAUAGAUUCUCCUGUAGGUUUUAUAGACUUGCAAUGUAGUAGUCAGGUGUGGAUUCUUACAUAGGUUGCAGUAAUAUUGGCCGUUAAGAACAUUUUUGGGGAGUGAAGAAGCAAGAGAAAAUGUAUUUUUCACAGUAGGAAGCGACCAGCUAGAGUAAAUCAAAUUAGUGUUACUGGUUUCUUGCCUGGUCAGGGCUAUGAAUUCUUUCUGACACCUACUCUUUCAGAGAGGCUGAAAAGCGAGCACAGCAAGCUGAGGAAAAAUCUGAAGUCCUUCAUGAGGACUUGGAAGAAGCUCUGGCAAAAAUCCAGAACAUGGAGGGUGAGCAACCAAAGCUGAAGGACCCUGAACAAAAAGAAACAAAACUCAAAGCAGGUAUGGCUAAAGACUUGAAAGGUGGAAUUGCAGGCUCUAAAAAAAUGCUCUGGAAUUUUAAGGGCAAUUUCAUGCACCACACGUUUAGGCGUACGUUUGAAAACAUAAAAUGUGAAUGUGAUAAACUGGUUUGCAGGCUCACGUGUGUUCAAAGUACAAAUGUGUCGGAGAACCAGGAUUGGCUGCACUUUCAAGCAUACAUUUGGGUGGUAUAAUUGAGUAUGCUGCUGCUGCUGCUGCGAAAUGGCUCAAAAUAGACAAAACAGGCAUCGGGAAGUCACAUGUUGCACGUCUUGCUGAGCUGUGCCAUUUCAGACUACAUGUAUUGUAUUUCCACGCUGCCUACCACACAAUGGGAAAAAAUGUACAGGAAGUGUGCUUUUGGAGGAGAGCGGAGAGCAUUCCCAGAUACAGGUUGUGCUAAAUACGUUGUGCUAGCGCAAUGGGGUUCCUCCUCCCCUUGACAUCCCCCCAUCUGCUCUGGAAGGUUGGGGGGAACUAGAGGGCAGGCUCUGGCAGAAUGCUUGGCUUGGCACUACUUUGGAUACAACCCACCAUCUUCCCCCCUCUCCACCCGUAGUCAGAAAUGGAAUGUUACUGCAAAAGUUGUACCAGAUGCCUUUGUGUUCCUUUGUUUCUGCUCUUAGUAAGUAAAUAUGUGUAGCCACUUCCCCAUCAUGACUACUCCCUGAAGGUUGCAAGAAUCAAAAUGAUAGGCUGUACCUAAGGCAGGCUGGGGAGAGAGAUGAUUUGCUAAUUGAAGGUCUUUUCAUUCCCGCCCCCUCAAUAACAGCAGGCUGUUUAUUUCUCCAUUUAAAAAUGGUAACGUGAGAAUUAGCUGACUUGCCCAGUCCACCUCCUGAGUCUGAUAGGGGAAUCCUUUCCACACGGGCAACAAACAGAGGCCUAAUUCACACCUGUGUAUCAGUUGCUUGAUUUAUCUGUUCUUGAUUAGUGUUUGAUGACUGGCAGCUGUCACGUGGUGUGCCCAGGAGGGUGAGGUAGUAGACUGGACUGUGCCACUACAGACAGCAGCCAGGAAAAUCACCUUUUUGGUUGUUCUUUAUUAUAAAGUAAGUAGAAUGUUAGCACAGCAGGGAAUGGACUAAUCUAGAACUUUUCUCCCUGGUGUGUUAGGUUUCCACUUUCAGAAACCUAUUCCAAACUUAAAAAUAGGAAGUGUAAUGCUGGUGGUCAACAAAAGAGGUUUAAAGACUGUCUCAAAGCAAAGCUUUAAAAAUGUAUUAUAAACACUAACAAUUGGGAAACACUUGCCUGUGAGUGCUCCAAUUGGAGAACAGCCUUUACCAAAGGUCUCAUGGGCUUUGAAGACACUCGAACUCAGGACGCAAGGGAGAAACGUGCUAAAAGGAAGGCACGCUUGGCAAAUCCACCGUGAUCAACUCCCGCCUGGAAACCAAUGUCCCCACUGUGGAAGGACAUGUGGGUCCAGAAUUGGCCUCCACAGUCAUUUACGGACUCACUGUUGAGACCGUGUUCAUGGAAGACAAUCUUACUCAGCUACGAGUGAUCGCCAAAGAAGAAGACCAUUCUUCCAUCUGCAUUGCUGAAGUGGCACAACCCAUUAUGCAUCCUCAAUCUGCUACAUGUGUAGCUCUGGCCUGAAUAGGUGAUGUUUCUGUUGAAAAGCAGUGUGUUGUGGGGUGAAAGGAAAGUUCUUCAUUGCUUAAUAAUGUCAUAAUUCACAUGUCAUAAUUCACUUGAUGCUGCAAUCAUGAAGUAAUGAAGAUGCAUGUUAUGAACCAACCCAGGGAGCUGAAGAAGCAAACUGCAUUGCACUGGCUAAGAAUGUGAGCAGGGAAGCCCCUAGUUGAACUCUUACCUAACCCAGUUGGUGGUCCAAGCAAGCAUUUAUCAGCCUAAGCUGCUCAUCUGCAGCGUGAUACUGAUCGUAUCAGGAUUGUUGAUUUACUUUGAACAAAGUACUGUGUACAUGUCAGAGAUCGGUGUAUCUUAGAUCAUUGAAAUAAGUGGGGUUGAGCACAUAAUGCUCUGUUGGAAUAUUCCCAUUAUGGAUGAGGUUCUCACUGAGAACAGGUAUACUUAUGAAGUGUGGACAUGACAAACAUGGGUUUGUGGAUGCAUAUGCUGUUCAUAACCAUUCUCUGGGCAGCUGGGUUUGGUCUUGAUUCCCUCAAGGCUAUGCUUGGGCUGAAACCUGGACUUGUCGCAGAGUAGAGUAUGAGGUUUCUCUGAGCUACUAGUUCUCAUAUUGUCUAGGUGUUGACAAUGUCAGUGUUUAAGUGCUUCCUGUUGUGCAUCUGUCGUUGCAGAAGUUGUCGUUAAGGAGCAAACUGAAUCACCUUCACAGCCCAGCACUCCUAAGCCACGAAUGAAGAAAUUCCCCAAGCCCAAACGCUGAAGAAGAGGGUGACCUCCAGAAGGCCUUUGGCUCCUGCUUGUAGUUGGCACUGGACACAGAUGGAGGGUUGUGCAUUAGUGGCUACUUGGAAUUCUCCCAGCUCUGUUAAACUAUUGGUUCAGUACAUGGAAAGGAGUUAACUCAACCAAGUGGGAUUGAUUCCCAGUUUCUGUUAUUUAUAUAGAACAUAUUCAAGGUCUAGGUCGGAGUUGCCCUGAAAUUUCACUGUGUUUACCUAUACAGGUUGAAUUUAAGAAUAACUCAAUAGGAAAUAUUUGGGGGUUUUGUUUGAACUCCCCCCCCCCCCAAAAAAAGAACACUCGAUCCGUCUUAGGAGUUUUUCACCAGUAGAUGCAUUGGGAGUAUCUUGGACCAGAGGGUUUCGUAUCAGGUAAUUACUUGGCAUGGGACGCGGGUGGCGCUGUGGGUUGAACCACAGAGCCUUGGGCUUACCGAUCAGAAGGUCGGCGGUUUGAAUCCCUGCGACGGGGUGAGCUCCCGUUGCUCGGUCCCAGCUCCUGGCAACCUAGCAGUUUGAAAGCACGUCAAAGUGCAAGUAGAUAAAUAGGUACCGCUCCGGCGUGAAGGUAAACGGCGUUUCCGUGUGCUGCUUUGGUUCACCAGAAGUGGCUUAGUCAUGCUGGCCACAUGACCCGGAAGCUGUACGCCGGCUCCCUCGGCCAAUAAAGCGAGAUGAGCGCCGCAACCCCAGAGUUGGCCAUGACUGGACCUAACGGUCAGGGGUCCCUUUACCUUUACCUUUACUAACUUGGCAUGAUUCCCUUCCCUCAAGUUCUCUAGUACAGUCAUACCUUGGGUUAAAUAUGCUUUGGGAUGAAUAUUUUUGGGUUGCGCUCCACGGCGACCCAGAAGUAAUGGAGCGUGUUACUUCCGGGUUUCGCCACUCGCGCAUACGCAGACGCUCAAAAUGACAUCAUGCGCGGAAGCAGCGAAUCGCGACCUGAGCACAUGCGGGUUGCGUUCGCUUCAGGAUGCGAACAGGGCUCCGGACCGGGUCCCGUUCGCAUCCAGAGGUACCACUGUAGUUCUCUUUGUUUAUGUAAGGUAGGAGACUUAGAAGCAGCACUUCCAAAUGUCUCCCAAGCAUAGCACAAGGUGGAUGAACAAGCCCAGCCUUCCAAAGAGCAGGGAGGGAUAGUUCCCUAAUCUCAUGCAGGUAUUGGAGUUGACAGAAGCAGUGAGAGACUUCCACUGUUCCUGGCUACUCAUAAAGCCUGAAGUAAACAGAAAGAAGACUCUUCUAGCUGUGGAAUCUUCUGCAAAGGGCAGGCUAUUCACUCACACCACACCAUGCUUUGGAGACACUUAGAACUAGCCAGAUGGAAUCUAACUGCUUCUGAGACGCUCUUACCUUGUCACAAGAUGCAAUCCUGAUUGAUUACUUCACCCAGAUCCUGUACCUGUGCUGGAGGACUCGGGGAAGGGGAAGGCCCUACAGUUUUCCCUCAAACUUGGGUUCCCAGCUGUUGUUGGACUACAACUCCCAUCAGCUAGCAGGACCAACGGUCAGGGAUGAUGGGACUUGUAGUCCCUAUUAUGAAGCGAGAGACUCCCUCACAACUUCCAAGUUCUCUGUGGGAGGGAGGGUCACGGCUGCUGUCCUUUUUCACAAGUCAUCAGGAAGAGAUUGGUGGUUGCUAAUGGCACUUGUGAAACCCUGAUCCUUUGUGAAUGGAAGCUGACUUAUCAAAUAUUUUCUGAUCUGGUAUCAGUACUUUUUCUGUCCCAACACUGCAUCCGUUCUACAGCCUUUCCUGAAGAAAUGUGUCUUCAAAGGGGAACAUAUUUUGCCCCUUUGUCUUCUGCCUCACUGCCAUCCCAUUCUUCCUUCAGGGGGAAAUAAGAGCUAGCAUGGUAUUUUGAACAGGAAAGCAGAGUAAGCCAAAGUUUGGCUGCGUACACCUGUUCAUGGCAUUGUAAAAUCAUGGCCAAAAGACGCCAUCUAGCAGAAAUGAGCAGAAAUGCAGCUUGAUUUAUUUAAGCACGUUCCACAUUCCUUUCUACAGAGAACAUAGAAAGCUGAUUUGUAUAAUUGGUUCAUCUAAUCAGUGCCAGAUCUAGAUCGGUGCAGGCAGUUUCCCAACACAGGGCGUUGAGCUGAAUGGUUGCAAAAUAGCAAUGUUACUAAUACCGUUAAGCCCUGGUCAGACAGGCGAUUGAGUUGCCACAACUAUGACAUAGUGCACUUGAGAGCAUGCGCAGAACAGAAGGCGAGGGAGGGGAGAGAAAUACUGGAGGAGGCACUAAAUUUUGCUUUUGCUCAGGACAUCAUACUACCAAAGUCUGCCCCUGAUCUGACACAGCAUUCUCUCUUUUCAGUGGCAACAGCUCUCUAGAAUCACAGGCAGAAGUGUCUUCUGUUCCCUGUUCCCAAGAGCCUUUUAAUUGGAAAUGCAUGAAAUGGCUGCACCACUGAGCUAUAGGUGCUCCAUGUGCUGCUCAGUUGGAGACUUCAUUUAAAAUGAGAUUAAUAUAGAUGCUGGAGGAAAUGCAACAUCACUCAGGCUGGAGAUAGGUUUAAGAUUCUCAGAGUGCUUUUCCUCCCAAACUGCUUUGGUUGCUGUAGCUUUAAUCCUGCCCCAAAAGCUGGGCACCUGUAAUGAAGACAAGCGAGGGACCAUGUUUCUAUGGUGGUAGUCAGGGAGGAAGGAGCCUUGCAAUAAAAUAAUAAUAAUAAUAGUAAUAGUAAUAAUAUUUAUACCCCGCCCAUCGGGCUGGGUUUUCCCAGCCACUCUGGGCGGCUUCCAACAAAAUAUUAAAAUAUAAUAGUACAUUAAAAGCUUCCCUAAAACGGGCUGCCUUCAGAUGUCUUCGAAAAGGAAAUAUAUAGGAAAUUAUAGGAAAUAAUGCCUGUUUGCUUAUUUUAGAAAUAUUUUUUAAUACCAGAGGCCAGUGCCGGAGAAAGGAAGGACACUCUACCCACUACAAUUGUUAAAGGAAGAAAGGAAAUUUGCGCAGUCAGAAGAUUAUAUUUAUUAUUAUUAUUACUUUAAAAAAUAUAAUAGGCUGCUUUUCAGCCCAGAGUCUCCAAGGGUGAUGUUAACAAAGUUCACAUAAUAUCAGAGCACGUAGAAACCACAAAAAUACUAAAACAAGUAGCAGUGAGGCUGACAAUAAGAACAGCAGACAAAAUUUACCAUUCUAAAAGCUCUUAGCAAGAGCUGAUCAAGUAAGAAGGUUCCACCUGGCCCUGAAUAUACCUCGGAUUUAGCACACGUUAGAUGAAUUUGUUGACUAGCUUGAGUUUAUUCUUUUGUAGAAUUUGCCAUUUUGUGUUCAAAGGUUUUCUUUUGUUUUGAUGGGAACAACAGAACAGAACAAGGGCUAAGCUCAAGUUGUGUCUGUCAGGAAGCCCCACUCCGGUCCUCCUGUGUUUUCCUUCCGCUCAGUAGAAACCACCCAUUUGUUUUUUUGCUCCUUCCACUAAAUCGUCUCUACUGAGUCUGAGACUCUUGGGCUGCUGAUGGAACUGCCAGCCUGCUUUGUCCAGGCCCAGCCCAAUCCUUGUCCCUCUGCUGAAAGAGACACAGAUGGUGUCCCGCCUCUGUUGGCUUUAAUGAUAGCCGGGAAGGGAGGGCUACUCCCUGAGCCAAUUAACAAUUAAAGCAAACAGACAGCAAAGAGCUUUCGCAGCAAGUUCCCAAACUUCUUUUGUGCUGUGCUGCUCACUUUCACUCUGUGAACUGCCUCAGGCAGGACACACCAUUUUCAGGCUCAAGGAGGUGGGAGGACUGGCCUUAAGCUUCUUUCGCUCCACCACCAACACUUCUUAUCUUCGUAUCUUGCAAUGGUAUCUGCCUUUCGAAAUAGGGACAAGGAGCGGAAUGACUAGAGAACAAGAAUGCCCAACGGAUGAGCUUAUUAUCCAGCUCUUCAUCCAAGAUGUUAAAAGGAAGCAUGCAUUAACUUUCUCCGUCCCUGUUGUUGUUGUUUAGUUGUGUCUGACUUUGUGACCCCAUGGACCAGAGCACACCAGGCACUCCUGUCUUCCACUGCCUCCCGCAGUUUGGUCAAACUCAUGCUGGUAGCUUCGAGAACACUGUCCAACCAUCUCGUCCUCUGUCGUCCCCUUCUCCUUGUGCCCUCCAUCUUUCCCAACAUCUACACCUCUUUUAAUCUUGAUGACAUGGCUCUGCAAGGUAAAGUGUUGCUGUUGUUGAGUCGUUUAGUCGUGUCCGACUCUUCGUGAACCCCUGGACCAGAGCACGCCAGGCACUCCUGUCUUCCACUGCCUCCCGCAGUUUGGUCAAACUCAUGCUGGUAGCUUCGAGAACACUGUCCCACCAUCUCGUCCUCUGUCAUCCCCUUCUCCUUGUGCCCUCCAUCUUUCCCAACAUCAGGGUCUUUUCCUGGGAGUCUUCUCUUCUCAUAAGGUGGCCAAAGUGUUGGAGCCUCAGCUUCACGAUCUGUCCUUCCAGUGAGCACUCAGGGCUGAUUUCCUUAAGAAUGGAUCGGUCUGAUCUUCUUGCAGUCCAUGGGACUCUCAAGAGUCUCCUCCAGCACCAUAAUUCAAAAGCAUCUAUUCUUCAGCGAUCAGCCUUCUUUAUGGUCCAGCUCUCACUUCCAUACAUCACUACUGGGAAAACCAUAGCUUUUACUAUACGGACCUUUGUUGGCAAGGUGAUGUCUCUACUGAGCAAUUGUGACUGGUUCAGGGUCACCCAGUGAGCUUUACAGCAGAAUAAUAAUUUGAACUCGGUAUUGGAUUUUAACUGGGAAUAAUAUCACAUGGGGGUGGUUCCUAGCAAGCUUUGACUGUGCAUCUAAAAAUAUAGUGUGGAAAGAAACAAAUACACAUUUGAAAAAACAGGGCUGAGAUGCACUCCCCACACACAGCUAGGACUGGCUGCAAUUCCCUGUUUUAUACACUUGGUGGCAAAGCAGCCGCCCUCAUCAUAUGUAGCCCAGCUGCUGACCUCUCAGUUCAGGAGUUUAAAAGUUUAAGCAGAUUUAAUUACAGGGGGCCCAAUAGAGGAUCAACCAUGACUACAUCAGCUACAGUUUGAAAUGCAGAUUCUUCUGCUGAAUUCCUGUAGUGGAGUGGCAAAAUGUUUUCAGACCAAGGGCCACAUUGACUCAUAAGCAGCCUCCAAGGGGCCGCAUUCCAGUAGUGAAUGGGACCCAGGGCAAAUGCGGGCAGAGCAACAGCUGCGAAUUUUGCCUUCAUCCAGUAGGCAAACACCCCCUACACAGACUAACAUCCCCUCUCUCACCCUCCAUCCAGGUGAGUUCAAGGGCACAUUUCAGCCAGGCAAAAACACUUCAGGAGGGUGCAAAGCAGGUGGGUACGAAUUAUGGACUAGGCAAUGGGUUACGGCCCGAGAAGCUAGACAGAGAGGCCUAGAUGCUGCCCCUGGCUUAGUCCUACAACAUUGGGGAAUCCUUCGCCUUUGGAGCCUCUGGGUUGCUGGCGACAUCUGAAGAGCGGUUGCAGCCUGUGGAUUUCAUGUUGUCUCCUGAUGAAGGAUUCAUGAGGUCAAGGGGGAAAGGAAGAAUAAAGGUGGACGGCUUCUCUGCAGACAGGCUUUGCAGCAUGUGAAGGUAGCGGAGCUGGAGGGCGGCUGGUGUGUGGGAAAGCACCUCUGCUGCCACCUUCAGCGAUUCGGAAGCAGCCUUUUCUCCUUCAGCAGCUAUGACCUAGAACACAAGGUAUUUAGAAGAUCUUCCUUUGGGGCAGGAGGCAACGAAGUUUUACUCAGAGUAGAUCCCUUGAUAUCAAUGGGACUAACUUUGAUGGGUUCAAUAAUCUCAAUAGGUCUACCCUGAGUAAAACUUUGUUGAGUACCGCCCGUGGUUCCUUCCAUAAUGGUGCCCUUCAGUGUUGUAGAAGCAACGCUGUUCGUCAGCUGGAAGUAAAACAAAAACAGGUUCUGCACAGCACUUAAAAUAGUGCUACAUUGAAUGCUCACCCUCAAGGCCAAAAACCACCUCUAAUGUUUCCUCAGAAGCAAGUUCAACUGAGUAAAAGCCCUCCAGUGUUAAUUAGAUACUACUUAUGUGCAGGUUCUGGGCGUUUGUUUCUUCCUGAGGUAAUUUCCUCUUAUUAGUCAGCAUUUGUUCCUAUUUGGAGGAGGGCAGGGAUAAGUGAUUUAUUUCCUUGCAUUUUUUUUCUUUUUUAGUAAAAUAGCA